AAUUAGAUUUCUAUGAUAAUAAGCUUGAGACAUUACCAGUUGAAAUAGGAAAUCUGAAGAAUCUACAGAAACUGCAUCUCUAUGGUAACAAACUUGAGACACUGCCAGUUGAGAUAGAAAAGUUAGCUGAUUCAUUGCGAUUAUUGAAUUUGUUGGACAAUAACAUUUCAGAGGUUGGAGAUGGAGAAAGAACUCUGGGCAGGAGAGAGCUGAGAGCGAUAUUUAGAAAUCGUGUUGUGCUUGAUAACGACAGCGUUGAAUAUGAAGAAGAUGAAAUUUCAGUCGAGGAUGUGUACAGAGAACUUAAGAGCAAGCUAAUGCAUUGGGACUUCGAGAUGCUGAAGACACUCAGACCGCCGUCAGUCCCCGAGUUUAAAUGCAGCGAGGAAGAAUUGGUGAGGCUGUGGAAUGGGGGCAUGUUUGUGAGGGAGUGGGACAGGUUGAGGCCCGAGGUCAUUGAAACGAUCGAGGCCAGCAGAGGAGUCCUUGUGGCAGUGUAUGGAGAGGACUUUUUAAAACUGCUCAGGACAGAUGUAGACGGUGAGACCAGGAAUAGGAAUAUCACAGAGAUUGUUACAAAGCUUGCAGAGAACAAAGACAGCCACACCAGAGAACGGAACAUAUCAGAGCUCACUGAUAAUGACAAAAGCGCCUUUAUGGAUAUGUGGGAGG